AUGAUUCUCGAACCAAUGCCUCUGUCAAUGCUUCCUUCGGAGCCUGAUAUUACAGAUGAAGAAUUUGAGAAGGAAGUCGACCUCAUGAUGAUGGACUCGUACCCUAUGGAAGCAGUGCCUUUGGAUGCUCAUGACCUAGUAAGUAUUAGAAACCAAUGGAAUUAUCUGAAACAACUUUCUGAAUCAGAUAAUAAACCUUGGCUGUUAGUUGGUGAUUUUAAUUUUAUUCUGAAUGUCUCUGAGAAACAAGGUGGAAUUCCGGAAAACUCAUUGGCUUCAGAUUUUGUUAGGAAUACUCUAUCUCUGUUAAAUAUGCAUGAUGUUUUCUCUUUUGGAAAUCUGUUUACUUGGUGUAACAGAAGAUUCAAAAAUCCUUCUGAGUUAAUUUUUGAAAAGCUUGAUAGAGGUUUUAUUAAUGAUAAAUGGGUUUCGCUUCUUCCUCAAACUAGAGUAACAAAUCUGGGUCGGCUUUACUCAGAUCACUGCCCUAUCCUUCUGCAAUGUUUUCAUCAAGUAAACAUUCUAGCGAUUCCUUUUAAAUAUUUCAAAUUUUGGCAGUCUAGUCCAGAUUUUAAAGACGUUCUUUUACAUUCUUGGGAAAAGGACUGUAGAGGCUCGCCUAGCUUUGUUAUUACUGGAAAGAUUAAAAAUCUUAAGCAUGAUCUUAGUAGGAGGAAUACUAAUAAUUUUGGGCAUAUUAAAACACCCAUUGGUAAGCUUAAUUCUGAAAUUGAAAAACUCCAGAAUAUGGCUUACACUCCUUCAAUUGGUAGUUAUAUUCUCAAUUAUUCUGAGCAAUUAGAUUAUUGGUAUGAUUUAGAAAACUUUUUCUAUAAACAAAAAUCGAAGAUAGACUAUUUCACUCAUUAUGAUAAGAACACAAAUUACUUUCAUAAUUUUGUUAAGUUGAGAAACAUGUACAACACGAUACAUACUUUAAAGGAUAAUCAGGGUAAUUGGUUGGAGAAUAGAGAUCAAGUCAUGUCACUCCUUAUUGAUCAUUUUAAGAAGAUUUAUUCUACUUCGAUGCCUUGUACUUCUGAUAUUGAUGAUGUUCUUAGGGAUAUUAAGCCGAUCAUUACAUAUGAUCUUAAUAUUAGUCUUGUUGCGAUUCCUACUAUUGAAGAGAUUCAUUCAACAUUGAAGUGUAUGGAACCAUGGAAAUCCCUGGGACUAGAUGGUUUUCCGGGGGGCUUCUUCAGAGAUAAUUGGGAUCAAGUUUCAACUGAAGUUAUAAAUCAUGUUCAAGCCUUUUUUAUCAACAAAUUUCUUCUUAAACAGCUUAAUCACUCCUUCAUUGCGCUGAUUCCAAAGGAUUGGUGUCAGCUGAUCUACCAAUGCAUCAGUACUGUCUCAUAUUCUAUACUAGUGAAUAGUUCUCCAGGAGAAAUGUUCUUUCCUACUAUGGGUAUUAGGCAGGGAGAUUGUUUAUCUCCAUAUAUAUUUAUCAUCUGCAUGGAAGUUUUGUCACAACUUUUGAUUAAAGGCGAAAAUGAGAAUGUAAUUCAGGGUUUUAAAUUGAGAAAAAAUAGUCCUCCAAUUUCCCACUUAUGUUUUGCAGAUGACUGCAUGCUUUUCUCAAAAGCUUCUCUUACUUAUGCUAGGAACUUAAUGAAAAUCAUUAAUAAGUUUGCUAAAGCUUCUGUUCAAGCUAUUAAUCCUGAAAAAUAUGUCUUCUUUACUAGUAAAAAUAUGCAUCAUAAACACAUUAAGAUGCUUUCUAAAACUUUAGGAAUCAAAUUCCUAAGUAGUACUGAAAAAUACCUUGGUACUCCUCUAUUUGUUGAUAGGGAUAAAACAAAAACAUUCAAUUUUCUUAUUGAAAAGUUUUAUAGUAGACUCAGUAAUACAAAGAAAACUAAUCUUAAUGGGGCAUGUAGAACUGUUGUGACUAAACAUGAAUUUUUGGUGGUUGAAGAAAAAUUCAAGAAAAGGAGCUUACUUUCGCUCCUGGGGGAUAUUAAAUCAAAACUUAAUGGUGGGCUUGGUAUUAAGAAUUCUUAUGCCACUAACAUAGUGCUUAUUGCGAAGUUAGGAUGGAGAAUCUGUAAAAACCCUACUCACCUAGUUGCAAUCUUUCUCAAGGACAAGUACUUCCCAAAUCAGAAUUUACUAGAAAUAGAUAAAGCUGCAGAAACCUCUUCUUGGAUAUGGAAAGGUAUUGUAAAUAGUUUAGCUUUCCUUAAAGCAAAUUUUGUCUAUAAGAUUAAUGAUGGUAAGUCUACAUAG